AUGGACUCUGAAUGGGAUGUAGAGAAAGGCUCAACACAACCUAGCCCUAAUACUACUUCCUCCUCCACAAUCCAAAGUGUCGACAACGUCGCCUACCGUUCAGACUCAUUAUCAACUACAGCCGCCUCAUCCUAUCUAUCAUCAAGAGAUGAAUUUGAAUAUCUAUCUCAAGUCCCGACUUCCCAUUCCCAUCGUGCCCAAGGCCUGGAACUCCAUCCCACCGCACUAGAACGCAUCGCAACCCAACGAAGCCAACACAAUGCCACCGUGGGCGCCAGCCACAAAAAGAAACAAGAAGAGUCUGGACCUCUCCCAGACUUUGGAGCUGGUAAACCCUAUCCACCCCCAUUACCAGACAAGGAAGAAUACGUGGUCGAAUUCGCAGGCCGAGACGACCCCCUCCACCCUCAAAACUGGCCAACAAGAAAGAAGAUCUUGACGGCUGUCAUCUUAUCAUGGACAACCCUCAAUUCAACAUUCACUAGCAGUAUCUACUCUGCUGCUAUCAGCACCGUCGCGCACGAAUUCGGCGUCUCCAGCGAAGUCAGUACACUGGGUCUAUCACUAUACGUCCUCGGCUUCGCAAUGGGACCUAUCUUCUGGGCUCCAUUCUCCGAACUAAAAGGCCGCCGUCUCCCCCUCCUCCUAUCAAUGCUCGGCUUUACAAUUUUCCAAUUCGCCGUCGCCACGGCAGAGAACCUCCAAACUAUCAUGCUAUGCCGCUUCUUCGGCGGAUUCUUCGGGGCAUGUCCCCUCGCCGUCGUCGCCGCCGUGUUGGCGGAUAUCUACAACAAUCGCGUUCGCGGCCUUGCAAUCGUCGUGUUUGCCAUGACAGUCUUCACAGGGCCGCUUAUUGCGUCGACGCUGGGCGGGUUCAUCGUGCAAAGCCUUGGCUGGCGCUGGACCGAAUACCUCACCGGUAUCAUGGGUGCGUCGGCGCUAUUGAUCGAUCUUUUCCUUCUACACGAGACAUACCCGCCUAUCAUCCUCGUGCACAAAGCCGCUGAACUCCGCCGCCGUACGUCGAACUGGGGUAUUCACGCAAAGCAAGAAGAAAUCGAGGUAGACUACGUCGAACUCGUUCAGAAGAACCUCCUCCGUCCUAUCAAACUGCUCUUCCUAGAACCCAUCGUUCUCUUCUUGAGCAUUUACAUGGCCUUCCUCUACGGCCUGCUAUACCUCUUCCUCACCGCAUACCCAAUCGUCUUCCAAGAUAUCCACGGUUUCGCCCCGGGCGUCGCCGGUCUUCCCUACUGGGGUCUGGUCGUUGGCGAAAUCUGCGGAGGACUGUAUAUCAUCCUCACACAGCCAUCGUAUAACCGCAAACUGGAUGCUAACAAUGGCGUUCCCAUCCCGGAGUGGCGUAUGCCUCCUGCUAUCGUUGGGAGUGUCGCUUUCGCGGGCGGUUUGUUCUGGUUUGGAUGGUCUGGGUGGAAGGCGGAUAUCCACUGGGCUGUGCCGAUGACUUCGGGGUUGAUGAUUGGGUUUGGUCUGUUUUGUAUCUUCCUUGGGGCUUUCAAUUAUAUUAUUGAUGCCUAUACGUCGUUUGCUGCGUCAGCCCUUGCUGCGAAUAGUAUCCUUCGUUCUUCCGCCGGUGCUGGGUUUCCCUUGUUCGCCCCCGCUAUGUUCAAGUCAUUGGGUGUGAACUGGGCGAGCACAUUGCUUGGCUGUGUAGCCGUUUUGAUGGUCCCUCUCCCGAUCAUCAUCUACGUCUACGGUCCCAGCAUCCGGGCGAAGAGCAAGUUUGCAACUGUUCACAUGGCCUUGGAUGUAGAUGAUGAGCACGUGGCAUGA